AUGAGGGUUGGCUAUCCAUUCCCAGAUGCGGCCAUCAAGACCAUCAACCCAGAUACCUGGGCGGUGUGUGAUCCUGCCAAGCGUAGCUUUAAAAGAGAAUGCUCCUACCUGGGCAUUGUCGAGUGUCUGCCGGAAGGAGUGUCAAAGUGUGAGAGCUGGGACACCAUAAUCGAGGACACGAUUGGCACAGGCAACGAAGGAAGUGCUAACUGGGGUAACAACAACUUUGGCCAAGAAAACCAUGGCAACGGCAAUCGCGGCGACGGCAAUGUUGGCAACAACAAUGUCGGUGACAACAUUGUUUGCAACAACAAGCGUGAUGCUUCCCCAUGUCUGCUGUCAGACCUCCUCACCUCGGAGACCGUGGUUGUCCAUCCAGGACCAUCCCCGCCGCCAGUGGUCCCUCCGCCUCCUCAGCCAGAGCCUCCCUCACCACCCCCCGGGGAAGGUGGCUGUGACCCCAGCAUCGCCUUCUUUGGACUGCCCACUGUGGAGUACAUGAAUUCGCUCUACCUGCUGAAUCCAGAGGGUGGCGAAGCCUUCUGUCAGCAGAAGGGCUUUGGGGGCGGAGGCAUCGUCCCCCACAUCUUCAAUGUCUUUGACAGGUCUCCAUUUCUAAUCCUCCACAUCGCCACAAUCAAUCCCUCCAACAUGGAGACUUGUCUCCCCACCAGCACCACAUCCUGCCAGGCUGCCAGCGUGAUCCAGUGCGUCCCCUCUGGAGUGCCGCUUUGCCAGCCAAAUCUGGAUGGCAAUGUGGGCACUGGCAAUGUGGGCUCUGGCAACUAUGGGAACAACAACAUUGGCAGCAACAACUAUGGCAGCUACAACCAGGGAUUGGGUAACACCGGGAGCUGGAACAGGGGGACCCAGCUCACCUGCAACUACGCCAACACCAAGACCAGGGCCUGCCCCAUCUGGAUCCUGAAGUUGAGCGAGACCCUGCUGAUAGACCCCUCACAACCUCGUUCUCCACCGCUCUAA